AUGAAGAUCUUUUUCUUAUUCACCUUUUUGCCUUUUUUGUUGUCUGCUUUUGAACAAGCAGCUGCUUCUGCUCACUAUGACAAGAUUUUAACUCACAGUCGAAUAAGGGCACGCGACCAGGGCCCAAAUGUCUGUGCUCUUCAGCAAGUUAUGGGAACAAAAAAGAAAUACUUCAGCACUUGCAGAAACUGGUACCAGCAAUCCAUCUGUGGAAAGAAAGCAACUGUCCUAUAUGAGUGCUGUCCUGGCUAUAUGAAGAUGGAUGGUACAAGAGGAUGUCCUGCAGUUGCUCCAAUUGAUCAUGUAUAUGGUACCCUUGGUAUUGUGGGAGCUACCACCACACAGCGCUACUCUGACAUGUCAAAGCUGAGACAAGAGAUUGAGGGACGAGGAUCUUUCACUUUCUUUGCACCAAGCAAUGAAGCCUGGGACCAGUUAGAUUCAGAAACCCAUAGGAAUUUGGUUGACAAUGUAAAUAUUGAACUGUAUAAUUCUCUCCACCACCACAUGUUAAACAAGCGCAUGUUGACAAAAGAUCUUAAGAAUGGCAUGACCCUGGUGUCUAUGUAUAAUGGCCAGAAAUUGUUUAUUAACCAUUAUCCUAAUGGGGUUGUUACCGUUAACUGUGCCAGGAUCAUCCAUGGCAACCAAAUUGCUACCAAUGGUGUUGUCCAUGUCAUUGAUCGUGUCGUGACUUCUGUUGCAAAUACCAUUCAAGAUUUCAUUGAAUUUGAGGAUGAGCUUUCAUCAUUUAGAGCUCCUGCCAUUACAUCAGGUGUCAUGGAUAUUCUUGGAAGACCUGGUCAUUACACAAUCUUUGCUCCUACUAAUGAAGCUUUUGAGAAACUUCCAAGGGGAGUUUUAGAAAGAAUCAUGAGUGACAAGGUGGCCUCUGAAGCUCUUGUGAAGUUCCAUAUAUUAAAUACUCUCCAGUGCUCUGAAGCCAUCACAGGGGGAGCUGUCUAUGAAACCUUGGAAGGAAACACUGUUGAAGUUGGAUGUGAUGGUGAAAGUCUGACUGUGAAUGGAGUGAAAAUGGUGAAACGCAAAGAUAUUGUGAGAAGCAAUGGCGUUAUCCACCUCAUUGAUCAAGUGCUAAUUCCUGAUUCUGCCAAACAAGUCAUUGAGCUUGGGGGUGCUCAGCAGACUACAUUUACGGACCUGGUGGCACAGCUAGGGCUGGCAUCUUCUCUAAGGCCAGAAGGCCAAUACACUCUACUGGCACCUCUGAAUGGUGCUUUCUCAGAUGACACCUUAAGGCUGGAUCAACGUCUUCUUAAAAGAAUCCUGCAGAAUCACAUUAUAAAAGUGAAAAUUGGGCUCAAUGAACUGUACAAUGGGCAAGAGCUGGAAACAAUUGGAGGAAAACUACUUAGAGUCUUCGUGUAUCGCACAGCUGUAUGUAUUGAAAAUUCAUGCAUGGUCAGAGGAAGCAAAGAAGGAAGAAAUGGUUUUAUUCACAUCUUCAGACAGAUCAUCAAUCCAGCAGAAAAGACUUUGCAUGAAAUGCUGAGAAAUGAUAAGCGUUUUAGCAUUUUCCUCAGUCUGGUGAAAGCUGCAGAUUUGGAUGAUGUUCUGUCACAGCCUGGACAGUGGACUCUGUUUGUCCCAACUAAUGAUGCCUUUAAAGGUUUGACUGAUGAUGACAAGGACAUACUGAUAAGGGACAAAAACGCUCUCAGGAAUAUUCUUCUUUACCACUUGACACAAGGAGUUUUCAUUGGAAGUGGCUUUGAGCCUGGUGUAACAAAUAUUCUUAAAACCAUCCAAGGAGGCAAACUCUACUUGAAAACAGUAAAUGAUACUCUUCUGGUUAAUGAACUGAAAUCAAGAGAAUCUGAUCUCAUGGCAACAAAUGGUGUCAUUCAUGUCAUUGACAAACUCCUCUACCCAGCAGAACUGCCGGUUGGAAAUGAUCAGCUGCUCACCAUACUGAAGAAGUUGAUUAAAUACAUUCAAAUUAAGUUUGUUCGUGACAGUACCUUCAAAGAGAUUCCACUGACAUUUUACAAAAUUAACAUAAUUGAAAGCAACGUCCAGCCUAUCAUCACAAAGGAAGACCCAUCUAUCACACAGCUCACUAAAUUAAUUGAAGGGGAACCUGAGUUCAAAAUAGUCAGGGAAGGGGAGACAAUAACUAAAGUGAUUCAUGGAGAACCAAUUAUUAAAACAUACACCAAAAUCAUUGAUGGACGACCUGUGGAAGUGACAGAGAGAAAAGUAACAGAAGAAAGAAUUAUUCAAGGACCUGAAAUAAAAUAUACCAGAAUUACUGCAGGAGGUUCAGACAAUGAAGAGAAGUUAAAGAAAAUCCUUGAAGAAGAGGUUACCAAAGUGACCAAAUUUAUUGAAGGUGAUGGUCAUUUACUGGAAGAUGAAGAAAUCAAAAGACUUCUGCAGGGAGCUGGAACUGAGUACACCAAGGUUACUAAAGUAAUUGAGGGAGAGCCACACAUUAUCGAGAGAGAAAUCAAGAAAGUUCAUCUGGAAGACGCACCUGUACGGAAAGCACAACCAAACAGGAAGGCACAAGGAGGAGGAACAAGAAGGAGGACAAGACUAGAUCAUUCCUAA